AUGGAGCAGCCCCGGCAGCGGGAAGAGGCUGCGGCCGAAGGCGGCGACGGCCCCGGCUGGAGCCGGGAGCCCCCCGGGGACGGGGACGGCGCUGCCUGGAACGGGAGCUGCGGGCGGCCACCGGCCACCGGCCUGGAGGACGACGACGACGACGACCACGACCUGCCCCUGCCCAGCCCCGAGUGCUCCUGCCGCUGCCGGGGGGAGCCGGCCGCCCCCCCGAGCCCCGCGGCCGAGCGGCGGGACGGAUCCUGCAGCCUGACCUGUCACAACCGGGCCGCCGCCGCGGUGCCGCCGCCCCGAGGGCAGGAGGAGGGCGAGGAGGACGGAGCCGGCGAGGACGGCGCGGGGAAGGGGGCCCGGAGGACACGGAGGCGUCAGAGGCAUCGCUCGGCCCCCAAGGAGAAGGAGGAGGGCGGCCGGCGCGAGGGCGGCGCGGGCAAGCGGCACCGGCCGGCGCGGAAGAGGAGCCGCGGGGACGGGGCCGAGUCACCGGGGCCGGCCGGCUGCCGGGGGCUGCUGGCGGCGGCGCUGGCCGAGGCGCGCAGGCUGGGCGCGGAGGCCGGUGGGCGGCUGCUCUGCUCCUGCUGCCACCUCGGUGCCCGCGACCUGGCCUCGGCGCAGGCCGGCGUGCGGAGCUGGGGCCGGCGAGUGGGCCAGCGGGCCCGCAACGGCUCCCUGAGGGCGGCCCGCUGGCUGCGGGCCGGGGCAGGGCUCUUCCUCCGCCUGCUCUGGAUGCUCUGCGCGCUGCUCCUCCUCCUCCUCAUGCUGCUCCUGGGCAGCCUGCGGCUCUGCUGGCGCCUGGGCGCUGCCGCGCUGGCCGCCGGCGUGGAUCGGCUGGGCAGGAGCCAGCGGGCGGCCUGGCUCCUUGCGCUCCUGGACGCGGCUGUGCUGCGCAGGACGUGGGGGCUCCUCGGGGAGAGCCGGACGUGCCGCUACCUCUGGGACUGGCUGCAGAGGCGGCGCGCUCCCCCCUGGGCGCCCGGGGAGGGUCGGACGGGCGGGCCGGGGGACGCGGCGCCUGGUCCCGACGGGGGGGCUCCCGCCGCCGGCUCCGGGGAGGAGGUGAGCCGCUUGCUGGCCAUGGCGGGGGUGCCCGAGGAGGAGCUGAAUCCCUUCCAGGUGCUGGGCGUGGAGGCGACGGCGUCGGACGCCGAGCUGAAGAAGGCCUAUCGCCGGCUGGCGGUGCUGGUCCACCCGGACAAGAACGAGCACCCGAGGGCGGAGGCAGCGUUCAAGGUGCUGCGGGCGGCCUGGGACAUCGUCAGCAGCCCGGAGAGGAGGAAGGAGUACGAGAUCAAGCGGAUGGCGGAGAGCGAGCUGACGAGGUCCAUGAGCGAGUUCCUGAGCCGGCUGCAGGACGACCUGAAGGAAGCCAUGAACACCAUGAUGUGCAGCAAGUGCCAGGGGAAGCACAAGAGGUUCGAGAUGGACCGAGACCCCCUCAGCGCCCGCUACUGCGCCGAGUGCGGCGGGCUGCACCCCGCUGAGGAGGGCGACUUCUGGGCCGAGUCCAGCCUGCUGGGGCUGAAGAUCACCUACUUCGCCAUGAUGGACGGGAAGAUCUACGACAUCACGGAGUGGGCCGGCUGCCAGCGCGUGGGGAUCUGCCCGGACACCCACCGCGUCCCCUACCACAUCUCCUUCGGCUCGAGGAGCUCCGGGCCGGCCGGGCGGCAGAGGAGCGCCUCCAAGGGCAGCCCCACCUCGGCUGCCGACCUGCAGGACUUCUUCACCCGCGUCUUUCAGGGGAGCUCAGGACCGAUGCCCGGGGGGCCCUUCCCGCCGCCCCCCGCCCCCCCGGGGGCAGCGGCCCCCCCCGGGGGACCCCCAAGGGCGGAGGGGGCUGCCCCCAAGAGCGACGCCAAGCACAAGAGGCGGAAGAAGGUGCGUCGGCCGUUCCAGCGCUGA